AUGAGGGUACACUCUAUGCUACUGUCACAAAGCGUUAAGAGCAGGCUGGUGGUCCGACCAUCAACCGCUAUACAUAGAAGUGAUCUCUUUUCAAACUUCAUGGUAACAAAGGAUACCAUGCCCAUUUCACUUAACAAUCUUCCAAGAAGGGAUUCAGUUAACUCAGCGAAGGACUUAUGUGUUAGGAAUACUACGCUAAGCAGGUUCUCUAAUUUACAGAGAAAACAAGAAAUGAAAUGGGAUCCAGUAAAAUAUGCUGCUAGUAAACUUCGGGGAGUAAUUUCUCCCAUCCAAGCAUACAUAACAAUUGGAAAGAAAUUUUCACCCCAUUCAUUGGUAUACGAUAGCAGAUUUUUUCAACUUUAUUAUUUUCCAGAAGAUCAUUUCAUGUCUUGUUUUAGGAAAAGUAGACCCGCCGUAACAGUUAAAUCCAAUAAGAAGUUUUUUCUGAAUGGUAAGAUUUUGAAUAAAGAUCAAAAGUAUUUCAAUGAAUCUAGAAUAUCGAAAAUCGAUGAAGUCGAAUUAAGCAAAAUUCAGACGACAGUGUCACGACUGACUUCUAGACAUAGGAACAACAUCCCCUCAGAAUUUGCAUACUUAAGACGGGAUUUGAAAACAAAAGUGAAAAUGACGUUUAUCAAAGAGUGGUGUAGACUAAAUGGUGAUAAGGCCAUUUGGGAAUACAACGGUUUGAAGAAAUUCUUGAGUGGUACUUCUCCCACCGUAAAAGGCAAAUCAGAGAAAGGGUUAUUGGACAAGUCUGGUAGAAGUACUGCUGGGACAGCAAAGGACGGCUACUAUUUAUACAUUGUUAAGAUAUUUCCUGAUAAAGACACCCUGAACGAGUUCAAGGAAGACGUCAGUAGGAGCGUUCAGAAAGUCGCCAACUUGAAUUGGGAUAAGUUCUUGACCCCCAAAAAGUGCCCGAAGGGCAAAAGUUGGGUAGAAGCCUUUAACGAUAGUAUAAACGUACAAACAAUCAACAGGAUACUAGAGAUCAGCAAGUUUCCUUUUGAACUCAAAAGGGAACAGUUGAAAAACUAA